GAGGCAACACCACAAGCAAGCACAUCCUUCCUCUCUCGAUAAAUAUAUCUGGCUCACUCACCGGACAGGCAUGAAACCGGCAGCUCUUCUUCUGCUCGUUUGCUUUUCCUCGGCCUACGCCCUGAGUGAGGAACAGGUUGUUUACCGCUACAUCAGAGAGCAGACAAACGAUGCUCUCGAGACUGAGGAAGCCACUGCAGCGGCUCCGGUCGAAAAUGAAGCGACUCGAACCGUGGAAGUUGUUGAAAAAAAAGUUGACGCCGCUACCAGUGCCGUUUCCGAGACGACGCCUGCCGUAGCCGUGACGGAGGACAUCGCUGGCAUCAUCAGGGACGUGCUGCGCAACUCCCUCGAGGAUUCGCAGUCGGUCAUCGACGCGGCGGUCAAGUCGGCGGCCAUGCAAAUCGCUGACCAAGUGCAGGAGAGAAUGGAGCAGAGGCUUAAAAGGAUCGAGGCGCAGGCCGAGGAGAACUUGCUCAAAUACAACGGGAUCGCGAUGUUUAUGGUGGAGAAGUUUUACCUGAAAGCGGACCAGGUGGAGCGGAGGAUUGCAAAGAGCUUGGACCUGAUUACAGAGAUUGUGCAAUACCGCCUCAGCACGAUGGAGCAGAACAUGAAUAACCAAUCCAUGGACAACACCAGCCUCAUUCCCCGCGAGCCUCUGGAUUUCGACUGCUUAGGCUACAAGAAACUCGCUUUGAUGAAGGUUCGUUACGGAAAGUACUACAUCAGCGAGAACAUGACGGACUGGUACGGUGCCAAAUGGUUCUGCAAAACGCACGGCAUGGAGCUGGUCAGUUUCGAGCGUGCCAGCGAAAUGAGGGCAAUUUGGCAGAUCGCAGACGCCUCCAAGGAGUUCAUGGUGUCCUACUGGACGUCGGCAAGCGACAUCGGGCACGAGCGGGGCCAAUUCCACUGGCGUGACGGACAGAAGAUCGAGAGCGAGCUGUGGAUCACGGGCUACCCUGAGGCGCCGCCGGGCGAGCAGGAGCAGUCGUCGUGCGUCAGCCUGUUCAUCGGCCGACUACGCGCCACCAGCUGCAACUACCAGCGCUACUUCAUCUGCGAGGGACUCAAGCACGACAACAAAGCCACCUUCCUCAACCAGAAAAUCAAUGGCGAGUGAUCGCAUUUUGCAUGAAUACAUACAUGCUCGCAAUAAAUAACACUCUCGAAAGCCCCGAAAA